AUUCAUCAACUGUGCGUGUCGCCAUUGCAGUCAAUGACGCAGUCGAUCGGGUGUGCGGAUGGGGACAUUUGACCACCAGUGAUUUCCGGGUUCGUGGAUGUUUUGUCAUGGAGGUUAUUACUUGCAUUGCCUUUAUCCUUUCGGCGGUGCUUAGUGUAACAGGCCAGCACCACACGCACUCGCCAAUGGUUACACCCACACCGUAUGGGGCGGGGUCUUCAGCCAGCAUCAGCUGUUUCCGUUCUGAUUCCUCUGUCACACUGAGCUUUGGCAGACCGUUCCAGAUAGCUCUGCCAGGAUCUACAAUACAGACAUCUACCACCCUCCCUACUGGCAGUAGUCAAUCAGUGAAUGGACAGAUAGUCACACAGGAUCUGACCACCAGUGUUGAUGCCACUGGGUUGUUUUAUUGUGAGAUCCCGUAUGAAGACUCGACUACGAGGAUGUACAGCAUCAUUCACAGUAUCAACAGGAGAUUUGAACCUGCUGAUGGCUUGGUGACAAAGAUGGUUAACAAGGGGGACAGUGUGACUCUCUCAGUUAACCGGGUAAUUUCUGGUGGCUCUCCUAAUUGGCGUCGGACAAGGAACGGAGUCCUGAACAAUACUUUGCCAAACGCUAAUCAGUAUAGUUUUACAGUGCCUUCUACUGACACCGUUCAUGGAGAUCUGUACACUGUCGUCGCAUCUGGAACCGCUCUCAGUGACAAUCAUUUCAGCAUGAUCAGACUCAUCGUCAGAGGUUGUGCUGCAGGCAAGUGGGGUCCUCCAAACUGUGGUGGGGUGUGUGACAUGUGCUAUAAUGGAGGAGUGUGCGAUGAUGAGACAGGAGAUUGCAUCUGCCCACCAGGAUUCUUUGGUACAAGCUGCAUUCAUGCUUGUCCAAUGCAUAGCUUUGGCUGGUUUUGUAGUUUCCGUUGUGGAGCUGGUAACGUGAUUCAGAGUUGUACAGGGAGCCAGUUUGGUCUUCCAGACCCGUACGGGAACAGCUGCAUCGCAGGUUACCAUGGCAGAGACUGUAAUACUGCGUGUACUGCUGGAUCAUUUGGUGCUGGAUGUACCCAGACCUGUCACUGUCAGUCCGGACAGUGUGAUGCUUACACAGGGCGGUGCCAAGGAACACCGAGUGGAUGUCAAGAGGGUUGGUCUGGUAUGAAUUGCCGAAUUCCAGAUGUGUGCCCUGUUGGUUACUAUGGAGUUGACUGUCUGAAUAAGUGUUAUUGUAACAAUAACGCAGCCUGUGACAAGGGCACUGGUUAUUGCAUUGGUUCAAACGGUGUAUGUGCAACAGGAUUCGUAUGUGUCACAAGUUCAGCCUGUUCUGCUGGUUUCUAUGGAGCAGACUGCAGCAGAUCCUGUCAUUGUCUGAAUAAUGCAGCAUGCCACCCAUCGUCACAGUACUGUGGUGGAUCAGAUGGAGAAUGUGCGAUAGGAUUUCAGUCCGAUUCUGGCCUGAGCAGCUGCCUGUUUGGCAUUGUGGGCUUCAGGGCGGUAGCAAAGUCCAAUCCAGGCCAGAGUGUUGAACUCAGCUGCGCAGGCUCCUCAGGGCUUACUCUCCCAGUCGGCUCCAUCACCCUAUCUAGAUCUUUGGGUGGCAGCAACCCUAUCUCCUACACAUCUACUGCAUCUGCAAAUGGAGUGCGUACCAACACGUUCUCCGUUCCAGGACUACAGCACGGUGACAUCAUCUACUGUACUCUGAAUAACAAUCUGUUACGCUCGACGGUAUCGUUGCAUGUGGGUGCCUUUUAUGAAUUACCUGUGCUGAGUCAGCCACCCAGUGUAUCGGUUUCUUCUACGUCAGCUACCGUCAAUUGGCAGGCCUGGGGAAACGUGAUGGACACAGGAGAUGGACCUGUAGUUUCGUACAAAGUCCACUAUUCACUUGCACUCUCCAUAUCGUGGAUGGCUGCUAGUACUGUGCCAGUGACAAACCCACAUCAGACUAUGUACAGCUUCACUGUUCAACCAUUGCAACCAAAUACUGCAUACCUGUUCAGCGUGGCUGCAGUGAGAGAGGGGCCAGGAGGAGAAGGGCCAAGGAGUACUGCUACUAGGGGUCUGACAACCACUGAAUCAGCUAUAUCUUCCACUAUAUCAACCAGAUCAUCUACAACACCAACCCCUGAAUCAACCACAUCAACCCCUGAAUCAACCACAUCAACCCCUGAAAUAAGCACAACAUCCACUGCACCAACCACAGCAUCCACUACAUUAACCACAUCAACCCCUGAAUCAACCGCAUCGUCCACUGCACCAACCACAUCAUCCACUGCACCAACGACAUCAACCCCUGAACCAACCACAUCAACCCCUGAAUCAACCACAUCAACCCCUGAAUCAACCACAUCAUCCACUGCACCAACCACAUCAUCCACUGCACCAACCACAUCAUCCACUGCACCGACCACAUCAACCCUUGAAUCAAUCACAUCAUCCACUGCACCAACCACAUCAGCUGCUGCUUCAACCACACCAUCCACCGGAACAACCAAGCUGAUCCAACCAAUGACCAUGUCUCCAUCUGCACAACCAAUACCUACCAAAGCGACCAAUUCAGCACAACACAACCAAGCCGGUUUGUCUACAGUUCUGAUCGCUGUUAUUGUCGUCGUUGCCUUUGUGGCAAUUGCUGUGGCUGUGGUUCUUGGUAUUCAUUGUCAGCGUCGUCGAAGGAAAAGAAGGCUGGUGGCAACGAACCAGUUUGUUGUAGGGCAGGAAUUGACCACGUAUGAAAAUCAGAUAUCUCCAGACAAUGACACCGAGGCAUCAUACGAUAUAAGAGUUUGUCAAAGUGGACCAACACGACCAAUAUCGUACGAAGUAGUUGGUGUUGAUGUAUCGUCACCAGCCAAUGGGAGAGUUGGUGAAAGUCAACCAACAUUGUACGAAGUAGUGGGUGUUAAUUUGUCAUCACCAACCUAUGACGAUGUGGGCCUACCAUCUUGGGCACAGCAAUGGAGCAUUCCAUGGGAGGACAUGAUCGUUGGCAAGAAGGUCUUGGGCAAAGGAAACUUUGGAGAAGUUCGCGAUGGUGCGGUGAUGGUUGGAGGAGAAGUUCCCAAAGCUGCUAUAAAGACACUGAAGUCAAACGCGUCGGAAAUUGAUCGGCAGAACUUCAUGGAGGAAUUCCGGACGCUGACCAAAAUUGGACGGCACCCGAACGUGGUCGGUAUUCUCGGUGCUUGCCAACAUGAAGACAUUCUGUACGUGGCUUUGGAAUUCAUGCCCACUGGUGAUCUCCUCACCCACCUGAGAAAUGCCCGAUCCGUGGGGGACGACGAUCAGACCACUCUGUCUUCUGAGAAGCUGAUUCAGUUUGCUUUGGAUGUUGCCAAAGGCAUGCAACACCUUGCUGCAUGUGGAGUGAUCCAUCGUGAUUUGGCGGCCAGGAACAUCCUCCUUGACAGUCAACUGGUUGCCAAGGUUUCUGACUUUGGUUUGUCGCGUGGAGAAGAUAUCUACGUUCAGAUGUCAAUGACUCGGGUUCCUACUCGCUGGCUGUCUCUGGAGUCGUUGGUUUCACAGACCUACACAUCCAAGAGUGACGUAUGGUCAUUUGGAAUCCUUCUUUGGGAAGUUGCGACAUUGGGUGCCACUCCUUACGAAGAAAUCAUAUCCCAGGACCUGAUGACAAAGUUGGAGAAUGGAUACAGGAUGCCGAAGCCAAGCAACUGCGAUGAUGAAAUCUACAACCUGAUGCUGCUGUGCUGGCAGGAAGACCCGGCCAACCGACCUGAUUUCACGAAACUCGUGACUCGCCUGACAAAUAUGGCUGACAAGCAAAAUGAACGCACAUACCUGAAAUUGCUACCGAAGGAUGAGCAGUACAUGUACAUGAAGAUUCGCCCAGACCUGGAUGGCAACUGACCAUAAAGCAAGUAGCAUCGAGGCUAAAGAUUAAUGGGUUUUGGUAAAAUUAUGCUGAAGGAGAUAUUUCUGAUUUACAGAGGAUCUGGAAGACGUCAAUUGUAUAUAUAUACCAAGAUUCAACAUAGAUUCCGCAGCAUUGUGAUUACAUUGUUAAUUUCCGUAUUACAAUUUAAUUUUGACUGUGUGUUUGAAAUUAAUAGGUUUAUGUUUUUUUUGGGGGGGGGGAGAGGGAAAUGAAUGUCAACACUUUUCAUUAAUUCAUAUAUGUAUUUUGCUAAAUUUGUAUAUACAUUUAAUUGAGUCAUUAUAUUUUAACAUUGACUCAUACAGUCAGAUAUACGCAGAUAUGAUAUUUUUAUACAGAUAUAAUUCGAUUCAAAAGUAAAAACUGUAAAGUUCCAACAAUUUCGCAGCUUGUCUGAUGGACAGCUUCGUAUGGCCAUGAACAAUAAGUUACUCGGUUUUGCCUUAAAAAUGGAAGCAAAUGAAACGAAUGGUGGAUUCUUGUCGGUCUCUUUUAAGCAAAACGUCAACAAGGAAGGCGAAAUGUAAACAGGUUUCCAACUCAACAAUUCUUUGAUUUAUUGAAGUCACAAAG